AUGAUCCAGCCCGCCGACGACAACGCUUACACACCACCGAGCCCACACACCACGUUGCUCGAUGCGCUUUCGCACGUAUCUCAUCGCGACUAUAAUCAGUAUUGCGAAAAUUGGCAAGCCGAUGGAGAGCUCGACGUUGCCAACGAACCCGACGAUGGUUGCGGUAUUUGGCAAGCAAAGUACACGGAUUUACACGAACGACGACUGGAACAAUUGGAACGGCUCAAAGCGGGUGAUUUCAAGAGUUUUGUUCACGAGGAUCCACCGACCUAUGUGUCGUACGUCUGCAAAGAAGAUCCUAGGCACCGUGGAAGUCACGGAUGCGGCGGACUCGCUGAUCGUAUGACAGGCAUGAUUUCCACGUUCUUUUACGCGUUAUUGACGAAUCGGGCUUACUUGGCUUAUUGGGAGCCGACGAAUCCUUUACCCCUGGAAGAAGUGUUUGAACGACCUCACAUCGAUUGGCGCUUUAAUCCCGAAGAAAUGCGCACCUUGUUCGAUCGGCAGAAUCAGUCCAUGUUGAGCUAUAAAUCGAUCAAUACGCUGAAUGUCAAAUGGGGAGCCAUUGGCCGACUCAUGUUUCCCAACGGGGCCAACCAAGAUUUUAAGCAGCUUUGGAACGCUUCCUAUGUUGAAAUGCAGUCCAACCGAGGUUACAUUGUUCGUACUUUCCAAGAAUCCGAUCGCUACCCGCAAAUGUUGGCCGACAUGGGUUUGACCAAAGAAAACACGUUCCGAUGUCUGUCCGAUUAUCUGUUCCGACCGACCGUUGGAUCCCGCCAGUUUAUUCAAGCUUACAGACAGCUCUUCCAAAUGGACAGUGUACUUAGUAUCGGUUUGCAGAUUCGUACCGAUGAUAGCGCCAUGGUGAAUCCAGACAACGAUACCAACACGUUGGAAAAGUGGGAUUACUUCUUCCACUGUGCCAAUGAACUAAGAGAAGCCAAACGGUUGCCCCAGCAUAAACAUGUGGUCUAUUUCUUGAUCACCGACUCGGUGAAACUGCGAGACGAGUUUAUCACACUGAAUACCGAUGAAUCGUUGGCACGUCGUUUCUUGGGCGAAGCGUUCAACGAGACCACGGCAGUGAUUACGGGUUUGCCCAUUAGUCAUGUGGAAGCCAAGACGGUGGCAACCAAGUAUCGAAAGGACGUUGCUUUGGACAAUAGUCACCAAGAAUUGCUGGAUGGCGUGAAUGGCGCCAUCAUUGAAAAUUGGCUCCUCAGUUACACCGAUUACCGUUUAAUUAGUCGACAAGGGUUUGGCAAACUCGCUGCGUUUCACUCACAAUCUGCACGCACCACCAUUGGUCUUCCCAAGGUAAACAAACAUGCGCGCAUUGACUGUUCCAAUCCCCAUUCAUUCAUCACUUUUGAUACCUUGAGUACGUGGUGGAGUCUUGGUUAA